UCUUCUGAGGACGGUGUGCGGCUGGGUGGGGUGGAGGUGGUUUCGGCGCUGUGUACAGAGCUGGGCCCUGCGCUAGUACCGUACGUGGUGCUACUGCUGGUGCCGCUGCUGCGCCGCAUGAGCGACCCGCACCAGGAUGUGCGUGCGGCGGCCAGUGGCUGCUUCGGAUCGCUCAUGACGCUGCUACCGCUGGCGCAGGGCGUCCCGACACCGCCUGGCCUGGACGACGACCAACUGGCUGUCGUACACGAAGACAGCACCUUUUUGCUGCAGCUGCUGGACAACCGCAAUGUCGCGGCGUACAGCUUGCCAUUCCAGCUGCCGUACACUUUGCGGCCGUACCAGCAGGACGGUAUCAACUGGCUGGCCUUCCUGCGCCGCUUUGGGCUUCACGGCGUGCUGGCGGAUGACAUGGGCUUGGGGAAGACCUUGCAGGUGGCCAGGGGGGGGGAGGGGAGGGGCAGGGCCCCUUCCUCGUCCCCUUCCCCCCCGCCUCCUGCUGCUCCGCUCCCCUGCCUGGUGGUGUGUCCCGCCACUUUGGUGGGGCACUGGGUUCACGAGGUGCAGGCCACCAUAGGGCCCGCGGGGUUGCGGCCGCUGCAGUACGGCGGGCAGCCAGGGGAGCGCCUGGCGACUCAGGCGCAGUUCGACAAUCCCUCCUCGCCCCGCUUGCCGUACAACAUGUUGGUCAUGAGCUACGAGUCCCUUAGAGCCGACAUUGACUGGGUGGCCUCCCGCCGCUGGUUGUACUGCGUGCUGGAUGAGGGUCACGCCAUUCGCAACCCGCGGAGCCGGGUCACCCAGGCGUGCAAACGGGUGGUGGCGCAGCACAGGUUGCUCCUCAGCGGCACACCCAUCCAGAACGAUGUGCUGGAGAUGUGGUCACUGUUCGACUUCCUGAUGCCCGGCUUCCUAGGGCAGGAGAGGACCUUCAGAGCCAAGUUCGGGAAGGCGCUGCAGGAGGCCCGUGUCAGCAAGAGGGGGAGUCGGGAGGCGGAGGCGGGCUUGCUGGCUCUGGAGGGGUUGCACCGCUCCUUGCUGCCCUUCGUGUUGCGGCGCACCAAGGGCCAGGUGCUGGCGGACUUGCCGCCCAAGAUCAUCACCGAUAUUUAUUGCGACCUCAGCGACCUGCAGGCGCGACUGUACGCGGACUUCCAGCAGUCCAAGGCGCUCCGCUCGGGUGAAGCUCGGCGGGCCGCUGCCGCCGGCAGUGACGAUACCGGUGACGGCGGAGGUGCGGUCGCGGGCGCGUCCCCACACGUGUUUGCGUCGCUGCAGUACCUUCGUAAGCUGUGCAGCCAUCCCGCCAUGGUCAUGGACCUGGGACUGGCUGCGCACCGGGCCGCGGCGACGGCGGUCCUGCGCACCAACGAGCCUGCGGGCGUGGAGGCGGCGCUGCGGCGACUGAAGCAUUCACCCAAGCUCGCGGCGCUUCGGGACCUGCUGGCGACCUGCGGCGGUGGCAACAGCAGCGGCCACCGCAUGCUCGUCUUCGCGCAGCAUAAGUCCCUGUUGGAUAUCGUGGAGCGCGAUUUGAUGGCACCGUACGGCGUGUCCUAUCUUCGGCUGGACGGCAGCGUAGAGGCUGGCGCGCGGUUCGGCAUCGUGCAGCGCUUCAACUCCGACCCCACGAUUGACGUUCUGCUGCUCACCACUGGUGUGGGCGGUGUGGGUCUGAACCUGACCUCGGCCGACACCGUGGUGUUCCUGGAGCACGACUGGAACCCCAUGAAGGACAUGCAGGCCAUGGACCGUGCACACCGUCUGGGUCAGCGCCGUACCGUCAACGUGUACCGCAUCCUCACGCGGGGCACUCUGGAGGAGCGGGUCAUGGGCCUCCAGCAGUUCAAAAUUGACGUGGCGGCGGCGGUCGUCAACGCCGACAACAUGUCCAUGGACAACAUGGACACCGCCUCGCUACUCGAUGUGUUCGGGGCUGGCGCCGCCGGAGGCAGCGGAGGCGCCGCUUGUGCCGCCGCCGGAAAGGGCAAGGCGGCGCCGAAGAGCGGCUUGGCGGCGGCUCUGGCGGCUAUGGGGGAGAUGUGGGACGAGUCGCAAUACAGCAAGGAGUUCAAUAUGGAGGCCUUCAUGCGCAAGAUUGGGGGUGGAGGGGGGGCGGGAGGCGGUGGCGGAGGUGGAGGCGGCCGGGGGCGGGGCCAAAAGGGCAAAUGAUUAAACAUACGUCGCAUCUCUAGCUGCAGCACCAGCUGUACCACCAACUGCUGGCGCUGUUUGCGGUGUUGAAAAGCUAGCUGGGACUUUGGUUUUUCAUUCAGGCGGCCUUGCUCCGUUUUCCAGGCUUUGCUCGCGGCGCAGCGGUGGCCUCCGCAGGCGGUAUAGUCGUGUUCCUUCUUCUUUCUGACGAGACAUUGCGGAGUGGAGAGUUGUGAUCUGUUGCAGUUGCCGGGCACGCCAAGUCGCGCAGACGCCGGCGGCAGCGUAGACGUAGCAGCCUAGACGUGACUUCGUUGCUUUCUGAAGCCGUUGCGUGUCGGUGUGUGAGGUUACGACACUAGACCCUUUUGGACUUCGCCAUGUCGUCGGUGGCGCCGUUCUCUCCAACAACAACAGCCCCCCACCGCUGCGUCACACACACCUGAGCGACAGCAUAUAUAGGCGGUGUAGUGCAUAAUUGCACAUAGCUUGUCUUCUUUGUCUUGCUGUUGCUUCUAGUUAGGCUAGCAUAGUGCCGUACAUAUGGUGCGACUAGCUCGUACCACG